UCUCGCGCCUACAGUGGUGGAAUCGAACGUCCCCGAGCGCACACGGCGUAGAGAGGAGAGUACGGCGCACGAGUCUCUGGAAGGAAGAUAACGGUUUCUUUUUUGCCCCCGUUCCACUCAAACAACAAGAACAAACCAAACCUGAUUUUUUAGGGGGGUUAGAGAGUCUUCUCAUCACAAGGAGGAGGGAAGGAUUGGAGUCGCAAGUUUUUUUUUUUUCUUUUUCGUUUUUUUUCUUCCUUUUCCUAAAAGAGGAUUCUGUUUCACUGUGGUUUGUUCUUCGCUCUCGCCGCAAAGAUGAUGGUCGGAGAGGUCGAAGUGAAGGAGCGACCGAGGCCGAGUCCCGACUAUUUGAUGCAACUAUUAAACGAGAAGAAGCUCAUGACCAGUUUGCCAAAUCUCUGCGGUAUCUUCACACACCUGGAGAGGCUUCUUGAUGAAGAGAUCAACAGAGUGCGUAAAGACAUGUACAGCGACACAGUGAAUGGCCUUGUGGACAGACACCCUCUGGAGCUGCCUGAGCCUCUCGGACCCAUCGUCCACCUGCAGGAAAAACUGUUUGUGCCUGUCAAAGAGUACCCUGAUUAUAACUUUGUGGGGAGAAUCCUUGGCCCUCGGGGACUCACAGCCAAACAGUUGGAAGCAGAGACGGGAUGCAAAAUCAUGGUGCGAGGCAAGAGCUCCAUGAGAGACAAGAAGAAGGAGGAGCAGAACAGAGGGAAGCCAAACUGGGAACAUUUAAACGAAGACCUUCAUGUCCUGAUCACAGUGGAAGACACACAGGGCAGAGCUGAGAUCAAGAUGAGGAGAGCGGUGGAGGAGGUCAAGAAGCUCCUCGUACCUGCUGCGGAGGGAGAAGACAAUUUGAAGAAGAUGCAGCUGAUGGAGCUAGCGAUCCUCAAUGGGACAUACAGAGACAACAACAUCAAAGCACCCACCCUUGCAUUCUCUCUUGCAGCGGCAGCAGCAAACGCUCAGGGCCAACGGCUCAUAGCGGCCCCCACAGGUCAGGUGUUGCCUCCCCAGGCACUCCGGCCCCAAACUCCAUCUGGGGCCCCCAUCAUGAACCUCAUCCGGCCCACUCAGAUGGCUGCCAUGCUGCCCAACGGCACCCCCACCCUGGUGCCUCCCACACCGGAUGGCGGGCUUAUCUACACCACCCCUUACGAUUACCCUUACGCCCUGGCACCCACCUCCCUGCUGGAGUACCCCAUCGAGCACAGUGGGGUUCUAGGUAAGAGAAUCUGGGGAAGCAUGGGUCCAGCAGGUACAGCGGCCAGCUUUAGCCAGUAUGGACAGGAGGGCAACUUGUUUUACCAUGGAGCUGGGGUGCUGGAUGCAGCUGCCAUGAGCCACAGUCAGGACUUGUUGAAAGGUGCAAUGGCUACUAAAGUGAGACGGCAUGACACGCGGGUCCAUCCUUACCAAAGGAUUGUGACCGCUGACAGAGCCGCCACCGGCAACUAACACAUGACCUUCUGACCUCUGAACUCUUCACCCAAUGACGAGCCGCCCCAAGCCUGCCUGCUGAUCAGUUAACUGGUAAUUGCCUUUUGCUAGCCUCUCGGACACAAGUGAGAGAGAGAGAGAGGCGCCUGCCCAUACAGUUACUUUAACACGUUCUGACAAAAAAAUAGAAACCAAUGCAGAAUCUCUACAGACACACAACAAAACCCAACAAAGUUGUGUAAUAUUCAUUUUUUUCCCUUCUGUUCAUUGAGUUAAAUUCCCAUUCUUUCUCUUUCUUUUUCUUCAUUAAUCAUAUACUGGGUGGAUGUGUUUGUGGUAUUACUCAUAACUCUGCACUGAAUUAUAUAGCAAUAAAGACCCCCACCCCAACCUCCCCAACCGCCCUCCUUUAAUUGCUCUAAUUUGGUGACCUCACUUGUGUGACUCAAAGUUCAAUAUCUAUUUGACGCAAACCAUUUGGUUUCAGAGUAAUGACAUCAUCCCCCUUCCUCCAAAAAAAAGCCUUUACCUGCCCCACCCUGUUCAAACACCCACCUAUUGGGGGAGAAAAAGAAAUAGAAGGAAAGAGAACAUACUCCCACAUUAACUUGUUUUAAUUUCUGUCAUUUUUCACAUGUAGUGCAGUUGUUGAGCUCUAAAAUGUAACUAUGAGCUGACACAUUCUGGGUGUGCCCCUCCAAACUGCUUUCUGUCCCGUUUUUAAAAAGCAUGGCUGAAAUGAUUGCAGAAAAGCUUUUUAUGAUUUAUGUUUUUUUUUUCUGUCUUUUUUUUUUUUUUUUUUUUUUUUUUUUUUUGCUUUACUUUUGAUUCAUUUUCUCCACUUGAUAUUGGUUUCUCUGUUAUUCAUAUUUGACUAAUUAGCUUUGCUUAAAUUGAAUAUACAAAAUAAGGCAGGUGGUUAUCUCUGGAAAACAAAAUGCAAUCUGAUGUUUGAAACAGGCUGCAGAAACUAAGAAAUGAUGAAGGGCAAGAUGGGAAGGUCUCUAUUUGGGCUGAUGGGUCUUUGUGUGUGUGUUUCUUUUUUAAUUAAUACUACAAUGAAAGUAGGGUGUGCUGAGGCUUCGGGGACAUUGGAGCAGUGCUUAUUAGCUACUGUUCAUUGCUACGCCCCCAUCCACACUACAUCCAUUAUACAGUGCCUGAUGUAUUUAGAAAAAUAUUUCAAUGAGUUAGCUGAGCUGUGAUUGAAAAGACAAAAAAAAGUAUUAAGUGUGCAUAUUUAGCCAAAGGGUUUUCCAAUGAAUUAUAUAUCUGCCAUUAUGCAUCUGUCUCACAGAGGGCUCUCUCUCUCUCGUGAUUUUAGAGUUUGGAAGGGUGUGAAUUUGAGGUGCCUGCCUUUAGCUGGAACAGACAGCCAGUCAGUUAGAUGAGUUUUGACCCAUUAAUGCUCUACUUUUUCUGAGGAGGUGAAUGCAGGCAAUAAACACUAAUAUCAACAAGCUACUCAAAUACAGUACAUUGCUAGGGGAAGGGCACUUUGAAGUGUACAACUUGUACAUGCUUUUGUCAUGAGGCUUCUAUCUUGAGUUGUUUCAUCAGCCACGUUGCCAAACAAGUGUUUAUUUCUUUAUUUUUAAUUUUUUUCAUCUCACCAUUUGGCCAAUUUUUUAAGUGUCUUUUUAUUUUUAACCCGUCAUCAAUUAGGACAUCAGGUAGGCAUACUCUGAGCCUUCCUGCAAAUACAUUUUUUAGUUUUGAUUAUUUUAGUGAUGAAGCAUUUAUUUUGAGCACAUGACGAACCCUCCAAAAGCGCAUCCACAAUGUGUCACACCUCCCUGUGAUCGUAGCCUCACUCUUGAGCCCACACUUCUUUUUUUUUCCAACUCUCUCAAGAAAAAAAUAGGAUGUGAAAGCCAUGCCUGCCUGUUCAAAUUGCUUUAUACAUACGUCUUAUAUAUAAAUAUAUAUAUAUAAAUAUAUAAAAAUGUAGAUAUCUGUCAUUGCAUAUACAAAUACAGAAGAGAACAAAAAAUAGAUAAUUUUACAGGGUGCUGGAGAAGAGAAAAAAAUUGAAAAAUCUAUUUUUGGCAAUUUUAGCUUUUGAUACUUUACUUGCAGUUACAAAAACUAAAAAAAAUAAAAUAAAAAGUUUAAAACCGUAUAGGGGGAAAUCAGAAAAAAAAACUGAGUGGGUGAGGACAAAGUGCUGUUAUCUUGGAUAUGAUUGGAAAGGAAGACGAAGACCAAAACAGUCAUAACCCUUAAAAGUUAGCGAGGAUCAGAGCAAGAGAGUUUUAAAAAGGAUCAAAUCAAAGUGCCUUAUCAACAGUGGUUUCUGUUUUUUGAGUAUUCCAGUUGUGUUCAAUAAUAUCCAGCACCCACCAAGACGGCGCAGAGAGGAAUUGUUAGUGUUACACGCUCUGAAUAGUUGAGCAGGGUAGCUCCCACCGUAUCGUGGUGUUACCGAAGUUAUUCUAUGCAAAAAGAAUAGCAGUCGUUUUGACCAGCUAAAAUAUGUGCCAUGGUUUUGUCUUCCUGAAAUUUUUUUUUUCCUUUCCUUUACUUGAUGGCCCUUUACUCUGCUGUAUGUGCAGGUUUUUUUCUCUUUUUAUUUAGAUUUUAAUGACAUGAAAUGAGAUUUUUGGUGACUGUGAUUAACUUCCUAGAACAAAUCGAACUGCCAAUAGCAAUGCAGUAGUCUGCCAGAACAUGUUUUGAUCAUGAGCUGAGAAAAAUACAUAACGUUCAAGGGAAUGGAUAGGGAAUGGGGGGGAAUCGUCCCUGCUGGCAUUAAGCCCAUUUGUUUCAACAGCUGCAAACUGAAAGCAUCCAGUCCAUGUCUCUCGAUGUCAAUUUGACAACAAACUAUCAAUACAAUAACAAGAUUUAUAAUGGAUGAAUGAAAUGCUGGAUAAUGAAACAAGCAAUGCUGUUUCACAUCCAAAUAGUUUUCAGUUACUGAAACAACUGACAGUUUAUUGCUGGAAGGUGAAUUAAACUCAUAAUAUAGAAAUUGAGGAAUUCGUAGAUCCCAAUAUUACCCUUGGCAGUUUGUUUUUCUAUUCAUAGCUCUUUCAUCAUGCUGUUACACCGAAAGGUCAAUAAAUUUUUCUUUUUCAGUGUUAUUUUAAAUUGAAAUGCAAUAUUAAAGUGGAGCAAGUGAUGGCUAUUCAGCAUAUGACAGUAUUAAGAAAUUUCCCUCUGCAAUGUUACAACUUGCUGUGUCAUUGUGAAAGGCUGGAUAAGUCCAUCAGGUGAAAGGUUAACUCUAUACCUACCGUAUUCUCUCUGGCCUGCCUACUACAUGUAUAAUAAUGUAAUUAACAGCCAUUGUUACAGGUUUAUAAUGUAUUUUUCUAAUCUCAUUUUAUAUGUAUAUUAAUCAUGUUUCUGAGUGCUUUUUUUUAUGAGACCCACUGCAACUUUUUUCCCCCCUAAACAGCCCCUCUCUUCCUCCCCCCAUCCCUUCUCUUUUACAUCUUGAAAACUGUCUCUUGUGGGGAGUGUUGCCUUUUCCCUGUUAUAUUUGGUUUUGUUUUCUUGCCAAUUCCCAGCUUGUUUAACUCAUUAGCUACUUUGUUAGUUUUCUUGUCAUAAGUAUUUUUACAUGCUUGCAUUUAGUUUUCAUGGUGUAUGCUGUUAUUUUUCUUAUUAACCUCUUGGCAUUUAUUUUAAUAAAACAUUCUUAGUAAGAAUUUUACUAACUUGCUGAUAUUUUGUCUUGUGUUUUUAACCAGUUUCAUGAAUGUAUUACCUUGGUCUGGUUCACGGACUAACACAAUUAAAACUGGUGUCUGGCCACCACUUACACUGAACACACACACACACACACACACACUCUAGUCAACUGUGCACAAAUGCUCUACAUACACUUACUCAACAUGCACACUCAACCUAACUGGAAACUGCACGAGUUGAUAAGCGUCCCUCACUCCCGCUCACGCACUCUCACCUCUGUGCUGGAGAAAUCUGCUGACACUCUUCAUACUUGCCCUCCCCGCUCAGUUCCAACACCGCUGCUGUGUCUCGUUGUCUCUUAUUUGAGACAACUCUCUUGUUAAUCGUCCUGUCCUUCUGUGUCACUGACCCCGUGAGAUGGCAGGAUAUGUCGCAGUGUCGGGGGGGGGGGAUCAGCUGAACAAAGCUCACUCUGAUUAAAAGGGUGAUAUGUCUGUACACAUUUUGCACCGGUGUCCUCUUUCUCGAACCAUUAGUUAUAAUCUGUGCAAAAUACUGCAUAUUAGUCAUCUCAACAGGAUACAUUUUUACUGUGAAUUAUGUAGAGAGGAGGACAUCUCAUGAGCACACAAACAGUAGAUGGGAGUUAUUUACAACAGACACAUAGAUGACUUUUAUGUGAUAGUCUAAAGCUCUCCCCAAUCUUUUUCCUCCAUUGCCUCCCUGGCUUGUUAUGCCUGGAUAGCAGCGUUAUAGUUAUCACCAGCUGUUCUCUGUUUGGUGAACACUUCUCCCCAUUCAGCUUAUUGAUAUAAUGGCUAAUACUGGGCCAUUUGGGAGCAUCCAUAAUGCUUAGACACACACCAGUACACCAUGCCAAUAUGAAGUACUUUGGGAUCAAAACAAACCUUACUGUUCCUUCCAGUGUAAAACGCUGAUAUGGCUUUUCAGCUAGCUGGUAUUUAUUGUUCUCGUCUGAAACGCUGCCAGUAUGUGUUGUUCAUUUUACUACUGUGUCAGUGCACUCGUCCCUGGGUUCAUUCAGUUCUCUUCUCUCUAUUCAGCUUUUUUCCUCCUCCACUAAUUCAAGGUAUUGACACUGACACACAAGCAAAAGAUUAACUUCAUUAAUCCUGAUUAUUACUUUAACCCACUGAGUGAUGCCUCCAGAUUUUAAUUCUUUUUUGUUUCUUUUUUAAAUCUGCACAACAAAAAACAACUUGGCCUUAACUGUUGCGAUUCUAUUCAUGUCUAAGCAAGCAAAGAACAAGGAUUAACAGUGUUGAACAUCAAACUUAACAUUUCUCUCCUCUCUGAAAUUAACAUUUUUGUGUCUGAUUUGAAAACGGGUGUUUUUGCCUAUAACACCUGCUUAAACAGCAAGUAGAGACAACGAUUGAAUUACUGGCCAGCCUUACAUGUUUUCCCCCUUUUAUACAUGUAGUGUUGUCAGCCAUGCAUUUUUUAUUUAUAAUAUAAGCUUGGCCUUCAAUGUUUUUGAUUGGCUUCUCUGUGCCAUAUUCAAUUAAAGCUAAAAUCCGUCCAUUGGCAGUCGAUAUAUUUAUGCUGUCACAAGCCUCGCCUUUUAUACGUCAGAGGUUUUCGGACUCCCCUCAACCACCAAACUGAUGAAAAAUAUAAGUGGGGAGUUUUUUUUCAAGAGCACAAUGCAUUACAAACACUGCCUAAUAUUUUUACGUCUGUGAGUAAAAAAUAAAGUGCCUUUUUUCCUGCGAUUGGGAAAUUAUAUAUUUUUGUACUUUAUCAUUCAAGUGCCAAUUUUCUGUCUUCGUUUGUCUCACCAAAAGCUUUUUUGUUGAGCACAAAAAGAAACUAAAUGCCCAUGCUUUUUAUUUAUUUUUUUCAGCAAAAUGCACAUACUCUUUAAAAUAUAAACUGGGAAACAAGCAGACAUUUCCCACCAUUAAACUUCUGCUUAAUGGAUCCUGUUUUGAAUUUGAUCAGCUGAGAACUUCUUUUUCUGAUUGGACGACAGUAUGCAGUAAACGCCUGUUUGCAUACUGCUGCCAUCUCUGGCCUAGUUCUCAGUGCCUUUUCAAAUCUGUCGCAGGGCAUUCAGUGCAUUUAUCUACUAACUACCUUUUCACCUGUCAAUCUUUUAUUUUUCUUAUGUUCUGUUUAACAAACAUUCCUCCAAUGAGUUAAACGGCAGGUAAACCAAUCAGUAUUGGUCUCAGCGAUGAAGCACUCAGGUGGUUAAAGGGCAAAUGCUACCAAAAUACAGAAUGAGAAUUAUUUUUUAGCCCCACUGGAGUUUUGUGUUUUUAUUUUUUGACUGUGAUAAGUAUGCAUAAAAAGUAUAAUAUUUUUUUCCUAAAAUUAUACUAGUGGUAUAUACUGUAAGUUCCUCAUCCAUAUAGUGGUGCACUAAAAUCUGUGAGAUUUUCUCUUUUUUUUGUGGAGUUGUAAGUUUUUAUGUGAAGUAGCCUUUAUUUUGUUUUGUGUUACCUUGUUUUUAUAGAGGGUUAGACUGAGAAUUCUGAAUAGGGUGUAAAACAUGUAAUGCCAGUUUUUGUUGCUCACACCAAAAAAAAAAAAAAGGAAAACAAAUGUCAUGUGUGCAAUAAAGAACCAUAUUUACAAGCUUC